AAAUACAGAAUUGUUGCAUCUUUUUUUUUCUGAAGGCACAUAACGCAAUUGUAGGUUCUAAUCAAGGACAGUGUCGCGGUGACAAGAGCCAAGCGUGUUUCCCCGGAACACUUCUUUAUGCAUCCUUGUUUCCCUUCUCGGAGAUGUUUGUGUGGUGGCUUCGUUUCCGGAAAUAUGAUGGACUCUGAAAAGGUGUUACAGUACCUGUGUGAAGUGGAGGAGGCAGCCGAAGAGGUUUUAGCAGAUAGACAGCAGAUUGUGGAUCUGGACAUCAAAAGAAACAGAAACAGGGAGGCACUGAGAGCGCUGCAAGGUGACAGAGAGCAGGCUGACAAGGUGAAGGUUUGCUUUGGGAACAUGUUCAUUAAGCUACCUAGAACAAAGACCAAAGAGAUGAUUCAAAAAGACCAGAAACAGCUUGAUAAGGAGAUUUGCGAUCUAAGAAACCAACUGAAAGCGAAAGUGAAUCGACUGAACGAUUUGCAAGGCAAGCCAGAACUCCGGGGUUUCAACCUCGCCCCACUCACGAAAGAGGAGCUGCAGGCUGUUAACAUGCAACUCAGAAGAUGAACUCCACCCAGGGUUCAUCGUCUUGGAGAAUCAGCUGUGACUGUAACUGUGUUACCUGCCGUGGACAGAAGUCUUUGCUUGUUUGUGUGGACUAAAAACUUGUCUUUUGUAAUAGGAGCCUUGGUUCAGAGUCUGUCUUUCACUUCAAUAUGGCAGUGUAUUUGUAAUGCAUCUCCUCUCUGUCUUUGGUGAGCUUGCACUAGACAGAGGGCCUGAGUGAAAUAUUCAGAGGGUACAAGUCAUUCAUGUGUGAGCGUGAGUCAUUACAACACCUCGGUAAGCCAUGCUGGCACAGUGAUCACCCAUUGUGUACUUGUUUCGGCCAAAAAAAAAAAAAAAAAAUCGUUUAGUUUUUAAGGUAGUCUGGCACAUGCACCAGGAUCCAUCAAUCACAUUGUUGGGACUGCAUUGUUACCACGAUUAAAAUAAAAUGUGUUUUUUUUUUUUCCGGUAAA